GGGAGAGAGAUUGUUAUGAACGAUGUGUCUGAUUGGGAAUGUGUUGCUGACAACACAAUCGUUUACAAGAAUGUGAACCUCAGUGUGCCGGAGAGAUCCAUGUACCCAUCUGCAUAUACAUUUGACAGGGUUUUCGGUUGUGAUUGCUCCACAAGGCAGGUUUACCAGGAUGCAGCAAAGGAUGUUGUGCUUUCGGUUGUUGGCGGUAUCAAUGCUAGUAUUUUUGCAUAUGGGCAAACAAGCAGUGGCAAGACAUACACAAUGACUGGAAUCACCGAGUAUACUUUAGCAGAUAUAUAUGACUAUGUACAAAAGCACACUGAAAGGGACUUUCAUUUGAAAUUCUCGGCCAUGGAGAUAUAUAAUGAAUCUGUCAGAGAUCUGCUUAGCUCUGAUGGCUAUCCACUCAGACUUUUAGAUGAUCCGGAGAGAGGAGUUAUUGUUGAGAACCUCACAGACGAAAUUGUUAGGGACUGGGAUCAUGUGGUGGAGCUCCUUUCCAUCUGUGAAGCUCAGAGACAGAGUGGGGAGACAUCACUUAACGAAACAAGCUCUAGAUCACAUCAAAUCAUCAGACUGACAAUCGAGAGUUCUCCCCACAACUAUAUAGGCAGGGACAGCGCAAGUACGCUGAUCUCUACUGUGAACUUUGUUGAUCUUGCGGGAAGUGAGCGGGCAUCCCAGUCACUAACAGCUGGUACAAGGUUAAAGGAAGGAUGCCAUAUAAAUCGCAGUCUAUUGACUUUGGGAACUGUAAUUCGAAAGCUCAGCAAGGGAAGAAGUGGACACAUACCAUUCAGAGAUUCUAAGCUAACUCGCAUACUGCAAUCUUCUUUAGGAGGUAAUUCUAGAACUGCCAUCAUCUGUACCAUGAGCCCUGCAAGAAGUCAUGUUGAGCAAUCAAGAAACACACUCUUGUUUGCAAGUUGCGCCAAGGAAGUGUGUACUAAUGCCCAGGUAAAUACGGUCAUCUCGGACAAAGCUUUAGUUAAGCAUCUGCAGAGAGAAUUGGAUAGAUUGGAGAAUGAGUUGAGAACUCCAGGGUCUAAUCAGAUGAUAUCAGAUAUUACUGCAUUGUUGCAGGAGAGGGACCAUCAAAUUCAAAAGAUGCAGAAGCAAAUAGAAGAACUAACAAUUGAAAGAGACGAUGCUCGAUCUCAAGUUCAGGACUUACUACGUCUGGUUGUAAAUAAUGGAAAUUCAUUGAUACGGAUAGGUCCAGAUAAUUACCCUCGCCUGCGAGUGCAGAUAUCACCUGAACCUGAAAAUUACUUGCCAGAGACAUCAAUUGUGGAAGAUCUUCGUCACUCAUUUGAUGGAAGUGUUAGAACUCUUGCUUCAAGUCGAUACUCUCCAAGGCGCAGUGAGAGUAGUUUUGAGGAAAACUAUAUAAGAGUAACUGAAUUUGAUGACACCUCUCCGUCCAACAAUACUCCGUUAAGGCCGAUCAGAAUUGCACAAUUAAGUGAAUGUGGCUCUUGUCAUGAGUGGGACGAAGUUGACGAGAAAAGUAAUAGAACUUCCCAGGAAUUAUGCAAGGAAGUUUGUUGCAUUGAAACAGAGGAGUUAACUCCAAAAAUAUAUGUACAAUCAUACUGUUUGUCGCCUGAUGCAAAUAUUAGGAUCUCUUCUCAAGCAAUGUUUCAUGACGAUGAAAGCGAAACUCAUGAUGUGACAAGUACUAAAGGUGAAUACAUGUCACCCAAGUCAAAUGAGAAUGGAGAAAUGAAGGAACAUAAUAGAGUGGCACAACCACCAUUGAAGGAAGAUAGAGAAGUGGAAACGUCAUUGAAGGAAGACGGACAAUUAGAAUCAAGCCCUCUUGACAAAGAUAAUCACCUGGCAGAGUUUCCACAAAGUUUCAAAUUACCAAAGAGUAGAAGUUGGAGUGAGGGCAGACAUUUUACAUGGCUUAACAAGGUAGAAAACAACACACCACCAAAUGGUUAUGAGAAGUACUACACUGGAAGAGCUCAAAGUUUUUCUAUAAAGAGUUCUACUUUAAGCUAUGGUGUAGCAUCUGAAAAAGGUUCCCAUUCUUCUAUGGGCACCACUGACCUUAACAGUAAUGAAGCAGAAAAGAAGAUCUCCAGUGAUGAAGAGGAUUCAUCGAUCACUUCAGCCACCAAAGAACCUGCUGAGACUCGACAUGACGAGGAAGUUGAAGAUACCCAAAUUACAACCAUGAAGCGGAUGAAGAGUGUCAAAAGCAUCGGUUUGGAUCCAAUAGAAGAUGAGUUCAGAACUACAUCUUGGGCCUUAGAGUUCAAGAGGCUACAAAAAGAACUCAUAAAACUUUGGCAUGAUUGCAAUGUGUCCCUGGUGCACAGAACUUACUUCAUCUUGCUAUUCAAUGGUGACCCAACUGAUUCCAUUUACAUGGAGGUUGAGCGCAGACGGUUAGCCUUUGUAAAAGAUAUGUUCAAUCGGGUUAAUCUCGCUGUGGAUGAUGGCCAGACUAUCACCCGUGCCUCCACUGAAAAGUCUCUACGGCGGGAAAGAGAGAUGCUAACAAAGCAAAUGCAUAAGAAACUAUCAGAAGAAGAGAGGGAGAGUAUGUUCCUGAGGUGGGGAAUUGGGUUGAACACAAAGUACAGAAGGAUUCAGUUGGCUAACCAGUUAUGGAGCAAGGUGGAUGACAUGGACCAUGUCGCUGAGAGUGCUGUGAUUGUGGCCAAGUUGGUUGGACUGAUAAGAGAUCCUGGUCAUGCUCCUAAAGAGAUGUUUGGGCUAAAUUUCACAGCUUCACCCUCCAGAAAAAGUUACAGUUUCAAGCGUAGCUUGAUUCCGCUCUUGUAAGAUGGGUUUCAUUUCCUUCCAGGUAACAAGUCAAUAUAUGCACAUUUACAUCUAGUAAAUCAAUCAUGUUUUAGAUCCAUCUCUCAACUGAUUAUACUAGUAGGGGAAGCGUUUGUAUAGUUGGUCGACAUUCAUGUUAUGGCGUAUAAGAGUUUAACUGCAUUCUCC